AAAUACCAAUCUACAGCAAUCGUAUGGCACUAAUAAUAAUUUGAAUAAUCCAAGUGGUACAAACUAUUAUGGUCAAGGAAGUAAUUUAUUACCAGGAAAUAAUGCCUACGGUAAUAUGGGCUCAGCAUCGUGGCAAAAUCAAAAUCAAAAUAAUCGUCAAGGGUCGGUUAAUGGAUGGUAUGCAAAUAAUGUCGGGUCCAAUUAUAAUUCUUAUUCGAGUAGUACUUAUAAUCCUUAUUACAAUGGUUGGAAUAAAAGUAAUGAGCUACGUACUAAUUUUGCUUAUGUGUGUGUCUCGUUUUUAAUUAGUAUGUACCUAGCUCUUUUCUGA